GAGGCAGAGAGAGAGAGAGAGCGGCUGCUUGGGAAGCAUGUCCGGACUGUAGCGCAUGAGCGGCGGGUGGAGGAGUGACUGUGCUGGGCUGUUCUGACAGACAGGGGUGGAGGUGGAGGAGUGGAGCUGUUCCUCUCUAUAAAGAGUCUGGCCGGAGCUGUCAGAACCACGCCUAUAGGGGCCCACAAUUGGUCCAGAAAGCGUAAAAUCAGCAAUCAAAGGGGCUUGGUUCAUUAGUGUUGGGGAUGGAGGCAGGAAGGACAUGUGAGAUAGUCACAGAUCUGCAGUGAACGGGGCCACAUCUCUCCAGUCAGUGUGGGAUGACUGAAGCACAGCUUAUUUCUCUCAGAGCCACAGCGCCCAGCCGCGCUCUCCGCGCACCGCGCCGCUCGCACUGAGGAACUCGGCGCAGGAACCAGAGGAAGAAACGCACAACGACUCUGGGCUGUUUUGUCUCCGCUCUGAUUACGCGUUGUGACAAGGCGCCGCGCUCCUCCGUGCGGCUUCACACAAAUUAACUGCUCGCCCAGCGCGGACCUACACCGGCUCCAGGUCGGGGGAAAUACCACUCAGAUAUCCAUUAUUUCACUUGGUUUUUGUGGAUGCACCGAUGAGAGAUCCAGUUUUCACAGGGACUGCAAUGGCUUAUCACCCUUUCCACGCACACCGGGCGACCGACUUCCCCAUGUCCGCCUUCCUCGCGGCCGCGCAGCCUUCCUUCUUCCCGGCACUCAGCCUGCCUCCCGGGGCGCUCACCAAGCCCAUGUCGGACCACGGCCUGGCCGGGGCAGCGGAGGCUGUGCUCCACCCGGCCCUCAGCCACCAUCAGGCGGCUCAUCUCCGCAGCAUGAAGAGCCUGGAGCCCGAGGAGGAGGUGGACGACGACCCCAAAGUUACACUGGAAGCCAAGGAUCUUUGGGACCAGUUUCACAAACUCGGGACGGAGAUGGUUAUUACCAAGUCCGGACGGAGGAUGUUCCCCCCGUUCAAAGUGCGGAUAAACGGCCUCGAUAAAAAAGCCAAAUACAUCCUGCUGAUGGACAUCGUGGCGGCGGACGACUGCCGCUACAAGUUCCACAACUCCCGCUGGAUGGUGGCGGGCAAGGCCGACCCGGAGAUGCCCAAGAGGAUGUACAUCCACCCGGACAGCCCGGCCACCGGCGAGCAGUGGAUGGCCAAGCCUGUUGCGUUCCAUAAACUCAAGCUGACCAACAACAUCUCGGACAAACACGGAUUUCAGACCAUCCUGAACUCCAUGCACAAGUACCAGCCGCGGUUCCACAUCGUGCGGGCCAACGACAUCCUGAAGCUCCCCUACAGCACCUUCAGGACCUACGUGUUCCCGGAGACCGAGUUCGUGGCCGUGACGGCGUAUCAGAACGACAAGAUAACGCAGCUGAAGAUCGACAACAACCCUUUUGCGAAAGGAUUCAGAGACACGGGGAACGGAAGGAGAGAGAAAAGGAAACAGCUGACCAUGCCGUCGCUGCGGAUGUAUGAGGACCAGUGCAAGGCGGACCGGGAGGGCGCAGACUCGGACGCCUCCUCCAGUGAUCCUCCAGCGGGCAGGGACACAGUCCACUCCCCGCUGGGCGACGGUUCCAGCCCGCUGAGGUUCAGCAGACCGAGUCGAGAUGAGAAAACGUGCUCUGACAGCGAGCAGGAGCUGGAGCCUCAUGACGAGCACUGCGACGCCUCCAGCAGCCCAGGUCCUGAACCCGUGUCCCCCUACAGCUCCAGGUGUGAGGACCGCGUGCGGGACAGGCCUAGUGCAGAAAAGAAGGAUGACUCCGUAUUCAGUAUAAGGAACCACGAGAAGGACAAAGCAGAGAGCAGGCACAGGAAGGACACCACAGAUGCACUGACAAAGGACUCAGACGCAGGAGGCAUUAGUGCCAGUAAGGACACGUUCUCUCCUCUCAUGGUCCAGACUGAGAGCCCCUCGCACUUCAGCCCAGGCCACUUACAAAGCCUGGCUCUGUCUGGCCUGCACAGUCAGCAGUUCUUUAACCCUCUGAACGCCGGAUCACCGCUGUUGUUUCACCCCGGGCAGUUUGCCAUGGCCCCUGGAGCCUUUUCUGCUAUGGGAAUGGGCCAUCUUUUGGCCUCUGUAUCGGGACUUAGUGGUUUGGAAAAUGGCAGCCUCUCCGCCCAGGGCACGGGAGGAAACCCCUUCCCCUUCCAUCUGUCCCAGCACAUGCUCGCCUCACAGGGCAUCCCGAUGCCUCCAUUCGGGGGUCUUUUCCCGUACCCUUACACCUACAUGGCAGCGGCUGCAGCAGCAGCGUCCGCCUCGGCCCUCCCCACCGCCAGCACCUCCAGCCCACUCUCCAGGAAUCCCUUCCUGGCCUCGUCCCGGCCCCGGCUCCGCUUCAACCCUUACCAGCUCCCGGUGUCGCUGUCUCAGAGCUCCGGUCUGCUCACCACCGGCCUGCCCAGCAGCCUCAACCCAGGCUCUGAAUCCUCCAAACCGGGCAGCAGAGAGGCCAGCCCGGCCCCGGAGCACCACAGCAAACACAAGACAGGAGGGUCAAGUGGAAGGGACGCAUCCCCCAAAACCGCCAUGAAGGACUCAGUGAAUGAACUGCAAAGUAUCCAGAGACUGGUGAGCGGCCUGGAGGGCCAGAGGGAGUCCCCCCCGACUGCUGACUCCCCCAAGUGAUGAGGAGUCUCUGUUUAGGACAAUGUCUUGGCUUGAAUACCAGAGGACUAUACGUGCAUAUGUCCUGUACAGCACAUUACAGAGAGUGGGAUGAGGGUUUGACCAACAAGGGUCAGUGACGGCUGAUUACUGAUAUUCUUUUGGAACAAAGCUGCAGAUUGAAUGAAACUUAGUCCAUAUACUUAAAUUUAACCUUUUUUUGAAUUCACAAGUAUUGAAGGUUUCCUCUUGAGCUGACCUGUUGAAAGAGUGGAAAAGCAUGUCAGAAAAUAUUUGGACUAUAUCAGACCCUUAAAUCCCAGUGUUUAGAGUUAGCAGGCUGACCACCCAGGAAACUGAGUACAUUUCUAUAUCGGUGGAAUAAAACAUAAAUUAACAAUAAUUUAUAAGUAAGCUACAUAAAUUAAAAGUGCAAAUUAUUAAUAAAGACAGUAUAACGCUGAAUAAUCCUAAAAUAUUAUUAAAAUACAAGUUGAAGGAAGUGUCACACACAGAGAGAGAGAGAGAGAGAGACACUGAUCAUUUCCACUACAGCAAAUAAUGCAAUGGAUCAAAGGUUUAUCAUGUCCUCUAAAUCAGAGGUGGAGGCCAGCAGGCCCAGUAUCGGCCCCGCAUAUCGGUGUCACCUGCCGCAGAGCCCGCAGCUCCACUGAGCCGCGCACCGCAGAGAGUGCGUGUUGACCGUGGUUGACUUGAAGCACCGAGUCGAUCUCAAGCUGCAUCCAAAAAACUGUGUUCGUUUUCCAGGCCUGAUUAUUUCAAAGGGAUGGAAAGUGAAACGUUCCGUCUUGCGAGAGAAAGAGACCGCUUCUCAUUUCAUGCCAGAUAAAAAAAAUGUUUCUGAAAUAUUUAUGUAAUUAAGAAUAAAAAAAAAAAAUCUGUAAAUAAAGCUAAGAUCCAAGAAUAUGCAAUUGGUAUUAAUUUAUUCAAGGCUGUAUAUUAGCGUGUAUAUAUUUCGAAUUUAACUGGUUGCUUUUUCCCCUCCGCCUGCUCCUGUCCUCUCAUUUUACAUGACCAUAUACUGUAAAUUAAAGCUAUUUAGCGCUUGUUGGUUUGACGAACUGUAUGAAGCAUCGCUGGUUUUUUAGGAGACGUGUGUGCCAUGUUUUAGUGUCUGCAUCCACCGACAAAUACAAAGGAACAGAGCGAGAGCUCCACAUGGAUUCAAAAACACCUCAGGUUACUUCACUCCAGCCAGGAGACGUUCAAAGCGAUUCCUCCUGUGGGCGCGUCAUUCAUAUCUAUUCAUAAAUAUAUUUAAAGAUGAAAGUAUCUUGUUUAUGCUGGUUGUCCGGGUAUUUUUUUUUUUUUGAUUGUCUCACAAUUUCAAUAAAAAAUCGUUGUGCUGAAAA